AUUGUCUUGUUUUACUUAAUUUCAUCAACAACUUUUUAGAAAGAAAACCUUCUCCCCCAACAUGAGCCCAUCUGCAACAAGUUUAGCUGCAGAGACCAAAAGGGGUGGUGCGAGAUCAGAUUUUAGGCCAGCGUUUGAUGUUCUUGAUGCCGACCAUGAUGGGAAGAUAAGCAAAGAUGACCUUCGCAUGUUUUACGCGGGGUUUUCAAGAAAUGAUGCUGACGAUGAUGUUAUAGGUUCAAUGAUGUCCGUCGCUGAUUUUAACAAAGAUGGGUUUGUUGAGUAUGAUGAAUUUGAACGUGUUUUGGAUGGUUUUAGUGGAAGCAAGGAAUCUUCGAUAUCGACAAGAUCUACUUCUGGGGUUAUGGAGGAUGUGUUCAAGGUUAUGGAUAAAGACGGAGAUGGAAAAUUGAGUGUUGAAGAUUUGAAAAGUUAUAUGCAAUGGGCAGGGUUUGAUGCUCCUGAUGAUGAUAUUAAAGCUAUGAUUAAAUUGGCUGGUUGUGCUGCUGGUGGUGAUGAAGAUGCUGUCACUUACGAUGGUUUGCUUAAGAUCUUGGCUCUUGAUAAUUCUCAUGUAGCAUAGUACUUUUGUAAUUUUAAUCUUAGAUUGUCCCUUCUUUUUUUUGGAAAGAACAAUACGUGGAUGCUCAUUAAUUAUGAAUAAGACAUGUUCUUGUUCGUGUUCUGCCACAUGAAAUUGUUCUAUUGUAAAUCACGAUUCUUGGUGGAAUGUGAGUUGCCAAUUGAAAUUGAA